AUGGAUUUAGUCAGCCUUACUCUGAACGAAUAUCUCCACGUCCUCAAAGGUGUCAUUGACGCGAAAGGAGCGUUGCUCGUCUCUCUACCUUCUCGGGACUGGAACAACACAGGCAAAGCAAGCAGCGUUGAGAGUGAUAGUGAUGCUGGAGAACCUACUGAGCGCCUGACGCCCUGGCCCGAAGCCGACAAGUGGAAAGCGCUUACGGCACAAGCCACCGAAUGUCAGAUCAAAAUCCAGUCGGAGAUGCGGUACGUCAAGCGUGAAGUCACCUUCAGCAAAUUGUCUGGGAAGGACUAUUCCUGUAUUUCGAAGUUGCUGAGAAACAUCCUCAUCGCUAUUUCCGGAACGGGUACGGCCAUCCAGGUCAAUGACCGAGUUGAAAGGCAAGCCGGAUGGACAUCAGUCAGGACUUACAAAAAUGGGUCCGACUCCGAGCUGUCGGAUCGAUCACCGAGCGACGCAGAAAAGGAACGAUGGAGUAGGCUGUUCAGCCAGAUUGACCCGGCCUUCAAGCUCUUGUGGCAAGCAAUGAUUGAAGGGCUCGACUAUGCGUUCUACACUUUGCGAAUCACGAAGAAGCCGGCAUUCACCACAGCAGAAGAACUCGAGACCCGAGGGGCCGAAUCACCGGGAGGCAAGGGCUUCGCGAAGUAUCUUGAAAAUACAAUCCAUCACUUUCUGGUCGAGCGAGAAGGGCCUUUGAAAGACUGGUGCCGACUGAACGGCAUGGAGGAAUCUCAGGUGGCAAACAAGGCUGCUCAUCAGCGACAUAUAUCGCAACUGUACCUGUUGCUCGAUAUUGAAUACUGCGUUGUUGCCACCGCAACAGGCAUUCUCGACCUCGUACGAUUCGCCGAUUCAAAAGUCGAAGAUGGCACAAUGAAGAAGAAGCGGCUCAUCGUCCCCAGCUGGAAGCACUGGAAAAAGUGGGCAUGGGCAAUCAUUCUCCGUGAAGACAGCAAUCUGGACUACGCUGCGUACGCCUACCGAAGCGGCACGCCAACCGUGUACUUGGGAGACGCGUUCGGCGUACAUCGCGACCCGGAGCAUCUCUCCCCAGCAACGUGGUGGGAGAAGACCACCAACCAUAUCCGACUGAUACCUCGACUGUUUGGCUCACCGGAAUCGUGGUUCGGCUUUAAAGUCGCCACGGGGACCAUGGUCGUUGCGCUUUCGGCCUUUUUACGGAACUCCCAAGAGUUCUACAUCAAGCAGCGCAUCAUCUGGGGGGCCAUCAUGGUGGCCAUUUCCAUGACCCAGACGGCCGGGUCAGGCAUGUACGGACAGUUCGUGAGAAUCUUUGGCACGUUCCUCGCCAUGGUCUUCUCCUACAUCGACUGGUACCUGGUCAACGGCCACACGGCCGGGGUGAUCGUGUUUGUGGGUCUCACCAUUUUUGCCUACCACUAUCUCAUGGUCACGAAACCGAACGACCCCGUCAUCCCCAUGAUCGGCAUGAUUACCGUCAUGUUGAUCGUGGCCUACGAGCUGCAGGUCAAGCAGGUCGGCGUCAGGGUCUCGGAGUCGAACGGCCAGCUCUUCCAUCCGGUCUACGAACUGGCGCCUUACCGAUUGGCGUGCGUGCUCGGCGGCGUCGGCGUCGCCUGCCUGUUCACAUACUUUCCCAGCGUGACGACCGCGAGAAGCGAAAUGCGGCGGGACCUAGGAAACACACUCCACUUGCUCGGGCAAUAUUACAGCUCGUCACACAAAGCCGUGUCCCUCCGACUAAAGGGUCAGCAAGGGGGUAUUCACGACAAGAGGAGCCCCCUUCGGAGGCUGGAAAGGGCUCGGACCCAGCUGUUCGCAAAGGAACUGAUCCUAAUUCAAGCGAUGCAGAACCAUCUAAAGUUCAUAAAGUGGGAGCCUACGUUUGGCGGGCGAUUCCCCAGGGAGCUCUACGAACGGCUAUUGACGCACACCCAGAACAUCCUGCGCUACACGGCGAUGAUCUCAUGGACGACCAAGACGCUCCAGGACCUGGCCCCGUCUGACACAUCUUCGCGCGACAACGGCGACGGCGACCACAACAGCACCUGGCUCAAAGACUUCCAACAACUCAUCUCCUCCCUAGAACUCACCUCCCAGACCCACAGCGUCACGUCCCUCCUCGCCAUCCUUUCCGGCGCCAUCGGCACAGGCCAACCCCUCCCCCCGUACCUCAGAGCUCCCGAAAGGUUCCACUUCGGCGAAAUGCUCUCCUCGUUCGACUCGGAGAUCCUAAGUACCAAACACGUCUGCGAACCAGGGUACAGUGCCUUUGCCGUCAUGCAGGUCAGCACCACGAUGCUGGGCGAGGAUCUGGCGGAUCUGUUGGCAGACACGAAGAGGCUGGUCGGCGAGGCGGAGUUCAGUCUCGAUGGAGAUGUCGUGGCGGGGGACUAUGAGAAGGAUGUCGGCGUCGUGCCUGCGGAUAUUCGGGAGAAGAGGGAGUGA